AGUCAGGAUUCUACAAAAAAAGAAUGGAUCAUAGCGAAGAUUCACAUAUUGACAAGAAGCAAAAGGUAGAAAUGUCACAAGAACAAGAAAAGGAACAGUUAUUCACUACUGUUGGUGAACAAGCUCAAGAAGUUGACAAUGAAGUUAGACAAACAGGUGCAUUUGAUGCCCAAGGUCAUCCCGUUCAAGAGAUUGAAUCAUUGUGUAUGAAUUGUCAUGAAAAUGGUGUAACUAGAAUGUUAUUAACCAAAAUUCCAUAUUUCAGAGAAAUCAUCUUAAUGUCAUUUGAGUGUCCACACUGUCAUUUCAAGAAUAGUGAAAUUCAACCAGCUGCUCAAAUCGCUGAAAAGGGAUCAAGAUAUGUUUUCAAAGUUGAGAAUAAACAAGAUUUCAAUCGUCAAAUUGUUAAGUCUGAAACCGCCACUGUUAGAUUUACCGAAUUGGAUAUUGAAAUUCCGCCUAAAAAGGGUCAAUUAAUUAAUGUUGAAGGUAUUUUACAAGAAAUGAUUGAAGAUUUAGAAAGUGAUCAACCAGAAAGACAAAAGGUUCAACCAGAAAUAUAUGAAAAGAUCAACCAAGUGAUAGCUAAAAUUAAAUCUUUCAUUGAAGCUGAACCAAACACCUUACCAUUGACAGUCACUAUUGACGAUCCAGCUGGUAACUCCUGGGUUGAAUAUGUUCCAGGUUCAGAAGAACAUAAAUGGAGUAUGUAUGAAUACAAUCGUACUGCCGAACAAAAUGUUUUCUUGGGUUUGGUUUCUGCUGAUGAAGUUGCUCAACAUAAACUUAAGGAAUCUCAAGAAAAGAAACAAGCUACUGAAACAAAUGUUUCCUCUACAUUAUCCAAUGCUCCUCACACUACUGGGUUCAUUUCUGAUGCCAGUGAAAUUGAAAAUUUUGCAAACGAAGUUCAAACAUUUGCAGCCACUUGUUCAUCAUGUUACAAACCUUGUGAAACACACAUGAAAACUGUUAAUAUUCCUCAUUUUAAAGAUGUUAUCUUAAUGUCUACUGUAUGUGAUCAUUGUGGUUACAAGUCAAAUGAAGUUAAAACUGGUGGUGCUAUUCCAGACAAGGGUAAGCGUACUACUUUGAAGGUAACUGAUCCUGAAGAUUUAGCUAGAGAUAUCUUAAAGAGUGAAACCUGUGGUAUGAACAUCCCUGAAUUAAACUUGGAUUUAACUCCAGGUACAUUGGGUGGUAGAUUUACUACUAUUGAAGGGUUAUUGACACAGGUUAUGGAAGAAUUGCAUGGUCGUGUCUUCACCCAACUGUCUGACUCUAUGGAUGAAGAAACCAAAGCUAGAUGGACCAGUUUCUUUGCAAGAUUAGAAGAUGCUGUCAGUGGUAAGAUUCCAUUCACAAUUAUAAUGGAAGAUCCAUUAGCUUCUUCAUACAUCCAAAAUGUCUAUGCUCCAGAUAAUGAUCCAAAUAUGGUUAUUGAAGAAUUCGAAAGAACUUUCGAACAAAAUGAAUCGUUGGGUUUGAAUGAUAUAAAGACUGAUUAAUUAUAAAACUAAUGUAUAAAUGCUUAUAAAAGACCUUGUAAUAUACCUGAAGAGG